AUGGCCAUGGAGCAGGGAAGAGUGACGGAAUUCGAAGGAAAGAGCCUCGACCAGAUACAAAUUGAGCCUGAAGGGAGAGCAGUAGAGAUCCUCUCACAAACGGACGGGCUAAAAGAAACUUCAAGCGGAGAACCUUCAACCAUUCAUCCAGAUGCACCCCAUGGUAGUGGCAGUGCCCCUUCUGAACGUCAUGCUUCAUACAGUUUUCUCGGGGUCUUCUUCUUCUUCCCCUCUUUGGUUUUUUGCCCCUCCAGAGACCCGCUGCUUUCAUUCCACAUCCGCAGCUCGGCUCUGAUCAAGUUGGAGCGGAGCUGCCUGUGUGGAGCCGAUGUUCAGCGGUGA